UGCGCGCGCAGACCACGCCCACUGUUAUGUUGAGCGGAAGUGAAUAGUAACGGAGAAGGCUAUCAAAUAAAAACUACCAACACAAACCGAAAGCGUUGUAAUUUCACAAACCACGGAAUUUAAUUCAUAUCUAUUAUGGAAAACACGCCACCGACUUUGCGUUGCUUUAAUGAAAACCAUUGUGCAGAGUUGUUCCCUGACGACGGAGUGGAGACAGUAACUUCAGAGGAGCAGAAAAAAGUUGAACGCAACAUUGAAGAAGUCCUAAGUGUUUACAAGCAAAUACACAGUGUACCAGAGCCAACGCUUUUACGGGAACAGCACUACCAGUAUCUCAAGAAAGGUUUACGUACCCUCUCCGACGCUUACGAGUGUCUGGAUGCCAGCAGACCAUGGCUUUGCUAUUGGAUUCUUCACAGUCUGGAGCUGCUGGAGGAACCAAUUCCUGCUGCUGUGGCUUCAGAUGUGUGUCAGUUCCUGGCCCACUGCCAGAGCCCAACCGGGGGUUUUGCGGGGGGCCCCAGACAGCACGCGCACCUGGCCCCCACCUACGCCGCUGUCAACGCCCUGUGCAUCAUCGGGACGGAGGAGGCCUACGGCAUCAUAGACCGGGAGAGGCUGCUGGACUUCCUGCGCUCCGUCAAGCAGCCAGAUGGGUCCUUUGUGAUGCACGUCAGCGGCGAGGUGGAUGUCAGGAGUGCGUACUGCGCAGCCUCCGUGGCCUCGCUCACUAACAUCCUCACGCCCAAACUCUUUGAGGACACCCCGGGCUGGAUCCUACGGUGUCAGAAUUGGGAGGGCGGUCUCGGGGGUGUUCCUGGCCUGGAGGCCCACGGCGGCUACACCUUCUGUGGCACAGCGGCCAUGGUCAUCCUGGGCAAGGAGCAUAUGCUGGAUCUGAAAGGCCUGCUGCGUUGGACGGUCAGCAGACAGAUGCGCUACGAGGGAGGCUUCCAGGGCCGCUGUAACAAGCUGGUGGACGGCUGCUACUCCUUCUGGCAGGCAGGGCUCCUGCCCCUGCUGCACCGGGCCUUCUUCAGGGACGGUGAGUCUGAGCUGAGUCUGCAGAGGUGGAUGUUCGAGCAGCAGGCCCUGCAGGAGUACAUCCUCCUGUGCUGCCAGAACCCGGCCGGAGGGCUCCUGGACAAACCUGGCAAGUCCAGAGAUUUCUACCACACCUGUUACUGUUUGAGUGGCCUCUCCGUAGCACAGCACUUUGGCAACGUGGACCUCCACCGCGAGUUCAUCCUGGGAAAGGAGGAGAACCGACUGGCGCCGACCCACCCAGUGUACAACAUCUGCCCAGAGAAGGUGGCCGCGGCUCUGCAGCACUUCCACCGGCUGCCCGUGUCUAGCCUGAGCUCCGCCCCCUCCUCCAGCAGCCACCAACAACCGGCCCCCGCCGCCGACGGGGAGCUGUCGUAGGGCCCCACGGAGCCUCGAGCGGGCGUCAACGGUGGAGGCAAGCUCCACCUGUCCUCACCCUGCAGGCGGUCUCCCAGUAGAUGUGGACAGACCUUAGCACCACGAAGGCAGACUGUGGUGCCGCAACGGACAUAUGGGGCUGGGGAUUUUAGUGGGGGGCUGGGGGGUUAGGACUGGCUGGAAUAAAAGAUGGGUUUGGUGGGACGUGUUUGCGUUUCACUGAGUUUCUGCUAGCCCAGUUGCUUUGUUUUCUGAACGUCACGCGGUCUAGACGGGUGAAAGUGAGGCUGUACGAAGGGUCUUGUGAUGGCACGUAACCAAGUUCACGGACGACAGCGCUUUGGACGUGAUUAGGCAUGAGGCGUGACGUGUAUGCUCAGUAACUAAUAAUAGCUAAUGUAGUGAACUGUGACAUGGAGAUUCUGCUGGACACUGCAUCACGGCUAUUCUAAAAAAUAAAAUCCCCAUGCAAAACCCUAAA